AUGGUUCUCUUUACGCCUCUUCUUUACAGCCUGUUGGCAUUCUUGCCAGUGGGGUCAUCUUUCGCCGUGGGCACAUGGCUUUCACCAUGGUUGCGCACCGAAGCCAUCGCGGAACCUCCUGACGUCGAGAUCAUGAAGUUGAGCGGCCGAAGCUCACCCUUCCCGGUGCCUCUCACGAUAUGCUGUGUUGGAGACUCCAUCACGGCGGGAGUCGGCUCCGAGGGUGACAACGCUGGCGACUCCUACCGCUUAUACCUCUACAACAUGAUCACACAGGCCGGGACCUCCGUCAACUUUGUCGGCAAGCAGACCGGAAUGUACCAGCCCACUACCACUAGCGGACUGGAGCCUGCCACAGGGAAUGACCCCGAGCCUGACAACGAGGCCGUAGGUGGCUAUCGUAUUGACCAAAUCAUUACCUUGCUGGAACAAGACAACACUAUUACCUCGCAGCAACCAAACGUCGUUCUAAUCCACGCUGGAACAAACGACAAUGCGCUGCAAUUUGUGUACCAAGACGGGGACCAAACUUGUGCGGAUGGGCAAUGUGUCGGUAACGCUCAUGCGACCGAGACAUAUGCUGAUGCGCCAAAUCGAUUGGGCAACCUUAUCGACUACGUCCUCUGCCACCAACCCAACGCUAUCGUGCUCGUAGCGAUACUAAUCCAGGACUACUAUAAUUCGACUCAAGGGAACUUAUUCAAUGCCGAGGUACCGAAUGUUGUAGCUGCUAGAUAUGAAAAGGGCUAUAAGGUUCGAGUCGUCGACAUGUCUUCGGUCUCCCCAGCAUUCGAUCAGAAAGUUCAUCCUGACAACGACGGAUACCAGGAAAUGGCAAACAGAUGGUACACAGCCAUGCUGGACAUUCCUUCCAGCUGGUGGACCACCAACAGCAACAGCAAGCGCGCGGAUUCGAGCUCGACAGGUCCGGUGCAAACGUGUACGCGAGAUGCCGUGUCGUUUUCGGCAGCUCUGAAUGGAGGCGUUGUCGCAGCUGGAUGGCACGUGUCAAGUGAUCCUGGAGAACCCCCAUCCACGCCAGAGAACACAGGCAACCUGACUGGCUGGAUUCCUCAAUGGGGUGACGAUGGGGACAUAGCGAUUGGGUCUGGGUACCCAGGAGAGGAGUGCGCCUGGCCGAUCUUGACGGAGAUGGUGCGUGUGAUUUGCUGCGAUUCUUCUUCUCAUACGUUCAUGACUGACUCUACGUGCAUCGAAGGGCUCACCGACUACCUCUGGGUCAACUUCUCAGAUGCCUCUGUUCGUGCUUGGCUUAACAAGGGGUCAAGCGGCGGCUGGGUUCCUGUUAACAACGCAAACCGCAUACUCUGGGGCACAGGAAACCCCGAUUAUGUGGAAUUCGCCGACCUUACAGGCGACAAGAAGGUCGAGUACAUCGUGAUUGAUAAUGGUGCAUUCCGCGUCUUCCAAAAUGACGGACCCAACGGAGACGUCUGGACAUUCGGCGAGCUGGUCGAAGCGGGCUCGCAAAUAACCAAUGUCUUUGGAAGUGGCGGAGUUGGCUUGCAUUAUUUUGCCGACAUGAAUGGGGACGGGCUCGCAGACCUGGCUGUCCUAAACAAUAAUGGUGUCGUUGAUUUCUACAUCCAGCAGGGAAAGAUCGGAACAGAUGGUUUCAGCUGGACGCCAUGCUUAAAUCACGCCGAACUCACAGGACUUAUGGCUUUGGCCGACAUUGACGGUGAUGGACGAGCCGAUUACGCCUCUAUUGCCGAUGAUGGUUCCAUGUCCGGGUGGCUGAACACCCCGGGCGGGACCUGCGACAUCACAUGGGUUGCGAUUAAUGGUCGUGGACCUGACAGUCUCCAGUUCAGCAAAGGCGCACCGUCUGAUGCAUUCCGCCUUGCUGACAUCAACGGCGACGGUAAAGCGGACUACUUGACUGUGAGCAACGACACCGGCCAGCUCAAUUCCUAUCCCAACAAGGGGUAUUUCGGUACCAAAGACAAUCCCGGUAUUGGAGGCUAUGGCGCAGCUGUCCGUCUCGCAGACAUCAACGGUGAUGGCGUGGAUGAUUAUCUCUCUGUGGACGACGCCACUGGAGUCCUCGCCUACGUGAACGGUGGACAACAGGGAAGUUCUUGGUCCUGGACAGAGCAAAACAACGGCCAAGUCAUUGCCCUGGGCUACUCUGGCGCCUCACGCAGCGAGAUACACUUCGCUGACAUGAAUGGAGACGGAUUUGCAGAUUUCUUGUUUAUUGAUUCCGACACAGGUGCCAUCCACUGCUAUUUGAACUUUGGUCCGGACCCACAAACUGGGUGGAACUUCACCAUCCUGGACGGCGAUAUUGCGAUUGGCGUGGGCGGACAAGGCGCCGGCGUCCGUAUGGCAGAUAUCGAUGGAGAUGGCAAGGCUGACUACAUCUAUCUGGACGAUGAUGGCGCGGCUCGUGUGUGGAUCAACGCCGACGACACCCUUCGCAAAUGGGUCCCCUUGAACAACGGCAAUGUAGCUGCACUCGGUGUUGGUGCCAAUCGUGACGACGUCCAGUUUGCGGAUGUCGACGGCGAUGGCCGAGCAGACUACAUCUGGGUCCAUCCCGAGGACGGAUCUGCGGAGGUCUGGUACAACGGCGGGCCCACUGGCCCCAAUGGAGAUGCCCUUGCUUGGUAUCCUGGUGGAACGAUCCAGCAGGGUGUAGGCUACCCGGGCCAGAAUAUUCGCUUUGCACGCAUCGGAACAUCUGGUCGAGCUGACUAUGUCGCUUUGUCUGACGAUGGAUCCUUCAAGGCUUGGCUCAGUUCUUGCUCUAACGUCACUGGCUCCAGUGGCCGUGCUGGCAGCGCAGCAUGCAGCACCAACGUUCCCUUGCCACCGUCUUCAGGGCCAGAAGCACCCUAUACCGCUGCCAUGGGCGCCGGCUGCAUCACAGCCCCGUGUACUGCCUGCUUUGGCCCCGGCUGUGGAGGAGCGUGUGGCGGGCAGCAAUGCAGCACAUGCUCGGGAGCUGCCUGUGGUGGCUGCAAGGGGAACGACUGCAACACUUGCACUGGCCCCGAUUGCGAUGGAUGUCAUGGAUACGAGUGUACCGUGUGCUCUGGAUCUGAUUGCACCGCCAGUUGUCAGGGCUCCGACUGCGGUAGUCCAAGUCCAACGCCUUCUGCAUCACCUGCCCUACCACCAAAUACAACUCCGUCACCAGCAACGACCGCACCGCCAGCUACCACAGAGCCCGCAACAACUAUCAGCGGCAUAGUCAUCCAGAGCAACGUCCCCGGAACCGGCAGGAUAGUGCCUGUUGGGCGAGACAACUGGAUCUGGGCUGGACUUGGAGACUCGUACUCAGCUGCACCUGGAGCGGGGAACGUGAUAGAGACGCCUGGCGUUCCCACCACAUGCAAGCAGAGGGAUGGAUCCUAUGUUGUCCAGACGGGCAAGAUGCUCGAGCGCGAGAAUACCUACUUCUUCUAUUCUUGCCUCGGGGCAAAGACACCAGAUGUCGUUAACGUACAAGUGCCAAUGCUCCAAGAGCAACCCCUCUUGGACUUUGCUCUAUUGUCGAUUGGAGGCAAUAAUGUGGGAUUCAGCAACGUUCUCAGAAAUUGCCUUCUUUUCACCACGACUGACGAAGCAUGUAAUGCUGCAAUCGACCGGACAUCACAGAUCAUUGACGACCCGGGACCUGAUGGAUUGAACCAACAGCUCCAGAGCGCUUGGAGUGCAGUCAGUACCCGUAUCAGAUCGUGGAAGCCGGUCAUCAUACAGGAAAGCUAUCCGAGCUUCUUCGACAUCUAUGACGAUGAUACUUGGUGCGACGGGCAGACUUUGAAUGUAGUAAUGGGCACGUCCGAACCAAAGUUGACUUCGGAUCUGCGUUCGAGGUUAAACACUUUGUCGACGCAGAUGUCAACAAGAUUGGUGAGCUACGUAAAUGCUUGGAACCGGGCAGCUCAUCCAGGGUAUGCAAGGGUGCUCCUCUCCGAUUACUAUGGUACCGGCGAUACUAUUUAUGGAACCCAUCGGUUCUGUCGAUAUGAUGUCCACGAUCUUGAUGAUUCCAGUAUCUGGAUAUUCAAGGCAUACGGUUACGACGUUACUACUGCUGGGGUCCAACUACAGUCCACCGCUGGCGAGAACGCGACUCUUACAGCCCAGCAGGUGGAAUCGACCUGGGAUGCGUCAACAUGUGCCCAAGAUCCGCAGUACGAUACAUGGAGUGAUUUCAUGUUUGGAUGCGAAUACGCGCUACUCCUUGCAUCUGGCAACGUCUCUUCCGACACGGUCUUCGGAUUGCCUGAGUUCCUCUCCAAGGUAUUCCAUCCUAAGAGUGUUGCAUAUACUGAAAUUGCCGAAUACACUAGCGACUACACCGACAGGUAUAUCGCUCCCCCUGCGAUAGCGACGGGUUCGGACUCAUUCAUUCCGCAAAAUAGCAAUGGCCUGUUGCAAUGCUUUCCUCCAGGGCCAUCCUACAACAACGACACCACAUAUGUCAGUUCAUCUGCGGCCAAAGAUGCCAUCGAGGACUUUUGCGGCGCCGCUCUCUACAACGCGGCUGUGGCCAAUGGAGCCUAUGGCGAUUUUGGCGGGAUGAGAUUCCAGAUCUCAGUCGACGACUCCUUGGAAGACAAUUGCACUGCGCUGGAUCCCACCAACUCAUACUUCUACGGACUAUGUGGCGAUGCGUUCGAGCAGAUGUUUGCCUGUGAUCCACCACCAUCUGGGCAGGAUGCCGCAUAUCAGGGCGGAGCGUUCUACAAGAGUUGUGUCACUUGGUCUUUCAUGAAGUGUCCAACUGAGGGUGUCUCUGACUGCUUCACCCCGCCCUUCCCGCCUAUCGGGCCCCAAGGCAACGCGACGUAA